CAGAAAAAUACAAAUAUUUCAGGACUUGUCUCCAGUCCUCGAUAAUAAAUUAUUUAUCUGCCUCUUGGCCCAACAGAGCAAACACUGCCUGUACUGCACCGGCAUCUCAGAGUGCAGUGGAAACAAUGUUGUCUGAAUACCAUGCAACCAUGGCGAUCACAGAAGAUGAACAUCCCAAGAGUGGUGUGUACAGAAAGCCACGCAAGGGCAAUGUAUCGUGUGCUAGAAUGUUAAAUCCACAGUGGGUGCAGGAGAACUCCAAUGGAAUGCAGAGUUGACACUGUGGACACUGUUGACUCACUCCCCAAAUAAAAGACAACAGUCUAGCCUAUAAGAGACCCCUCACUGAGACCUAACACUUCGUGCUCCUGAGGAAGCAGCGAUACAGGAUCUUUCCUGGAAGCCAAUCUGAGGACACAUCCAUCUCAACAUCAAGCUAUGCAAUGGGUGGCGUCAAAAGAAACUUUCUUCUGUACACAUUGUGCUGCUGUUAUGUGAUCCCACAGUAUCUUUGCACAGGACUUCAUUCUCAGACUGUGCGGUUUUCAUCUCAAGUUGGUUUACAGCUGGAGCAGCAGUCCAUGUGCCCUCAGAUUAACGUUGGGGAGGAUCGUUUCCCAGGAUUUUAUAUUAUGUCCCAGUUCCACAUUGCUGAGCUGGCAAGACGAGGCACUGUUAAAAAAGUUGUUGGAUCAUCUCCUCAACAUGUUGCUUAUCAAAUAGGCCCAGCAUUCAACUUCAGAAUCAACACAAGGUCAGCUUAUCCUCUGGGGCUGCCAGAAGAGUUUGCUUUUGUGGCCGUGUUGCGCAUGAGUGCCAGCACCAUUAACAAAAACUGGAAUAUUUGGCAAUUGCAGGGUGUGAAUGGUAACGAGCAACUGGCCAUCAGACUCAACGGGGAGUCCAAGUCUCUGGAGUUUACCUUCACAGCUGUGGACAGUGUGAGGCAGACUGUUGUUUUUGGCCCCUUGACUUUACUUUUCAAUGAUCAGUGGCACAGAGUGCUGCUGGAUGUCAGCAGACACUCUGUUACCCUCUUUGUGGACUGCGCCAUGGUCGGGUCUCAGAGCAUUCCACCCAGGGUAAAAGUCAGUCUGGAUGGCUUCACAUUGAUUGGAAAACUCAAGGACAACCCAGUGAUGGCAACUCUGGUAUGUUUGCAAGGUUAUAGCAUCAAGAACAGCUUAAGCAACUCAUAAUACCCAGAAUCAGCCAAAAGAUUCAAGUAAUAUUUAAGUGUUUUAUGUUUAAGGUUAUAGUACCUUCACUACAUUCAACAAUUAGGAUCAUUAUAAAUGUCGAUUAUGUUAAAAUCUUAUCUGUUAGUUAAUUAAUAUUCAUCAUUAAAAAAAAAUACUGUUAUUGCUAGACAGCCUUUUUUCCUCCAUAUAUGGAAUGUUUUCUUUCUUCCCCAGAGAAGGGAAGAAAAUUCUACACUCUGAUCCUAAUUAUACAUGUGAUUGCUAUGAGCAGACUUUCAAGGCUUGGGAAUCCCUGUCAUUUCUCACCAUGUUGUUUUGUUUGUGUGUGUGUGUGUGUGUGUGUGUACUGUGUGUAUUUGUUACCUCGUAAGUAAAUUUUUUGGCAUAAAAACACCUAAUGAGGCAUAAACUAUACUUCAACUGAAGACCUGGUUCAUGAAUGAUUUGUUUAUGCUUUAUAAAUAAAUGGAAGUCAAUAGGAAUCCUUAGAAGGACUUUCUUUCGUCAUGGGAUUGACAACUUUAUCAUCACCUAUCACUGUGGGGACAUUUUGUCUGGUCCCCACAAGAUUAAAGGGCUUUUUCAGGGUAUAAUUUUUAUUGUACUAGUUUUGUCCAAAGGGUUUGAGUCUUAAAUAAAUAAUAAUA